GGGGGUGGAGGUGAGGGUUGGGAGGGCGGCGGUGGAGGAGGCGAUGGACUGGCGGAGGAGGAGGAGCGCGUCGUGCUGGGGGCUAUCCGCGGAUGCCAUCUUGAGGUGCGGCGCGGAUAUGGGGUUGGAUAUGUUGAUGCUGGGUGGUGGUGGUGUUGGUUGUUGGUCUUGGUGGUUUUGGAGCUCGGCGGCUUCGAGGUGAAGUUGGAUAAUACACACGGUAGCCGCACUAAUCCAAACCCGCAUGAUUAGUGCCUUAGGCCAAAAGCUUGUUAUAACCAAGGGAAUCAAUCAGUUGGAUCGGCACUGGUCAACAUACAUGGCCUUAUCUUACAUUAUAUAUUCUAAACCUCACCAGCAUGAUGAACCAAUGCCAUUAAGUAUUAUAAACUGAUGGUUCCUCUCUCUUCCUAACGUCUGGGCAACGAAGAGACGUUGGGAAGAGAGAGGAACCAUCAGUAUUUCAACCAGAAUCAAUAUUUCUAUUUGAUAGACUGGUUCUUCUUGCCAAAGAUAACCUGUCCCAUUAAAGUUAAGAACGUGCCUUCCUGUAUUGGAAGGCACGUUCUCAUACAGGAAUUUUCUCUGGUAGGUUGGAUUGGGACGGAAUGACCGUAACUACCUUCAUAACAUCAUAUUACUUUCAUUUCUGUUGUCAGCGACGUCCUUAUUCCCUAACCAUAUUUUUCCACUCUCUUCAAGAGUUCUUAGCUUUAUUUCUUGUUGAAAGCUUUAAGCUGAUAAUAUUCCCAUCAUGGCGAGCCCUGCUCAGAAGAUAUCAAUUACGGACGUCACAGAUACCGAUACCGAUCAUGAUGGUGAUGCCGACGACGAGUAUAUUGAGAGACAAGAAGGCCUGUCCCCGCAAAGUACGAGUACUUUCACGCAGCAGGUGAUAGUUUCCGAGGAAGUGACAGCUGAACAAGGCUCCGGUCAAGUCACUGGUCAGAUCACAGGCCAUGUUGCUGAGGUUGAAGUUACGAAACCAACCGGAGAUGGUAAGGGGAAGCAACCUACUUCGCGGAAAGUUAAAGUUUCACAAGCUACCGGCACGAUUACUGGGAAAUUGCCUACCUCCAAAGAUGCGAAACAAGUUAAGGUUUCUAGCCAGGUCACUGAAGUGACCGCUACCCAAGAAUUAACGAACGCCUCUGGGCCAGGUGUUGGACCAUCCACGCCUCGGAAUAGCCGGUCAAUCAAAAAGGCUAUAUCAGCGGUGUUAGACGGGUCGCCUUUCAGAAGCUCGUUGUCAAACAAUGAGGGCAAGCCCCUCUUUAAGGACUCCGGGGAGUUGAAUAGCUCAAAUAACUCCACACCUCAGCCAAAGCCAAAGCCGGUAUCUCAAACUGCCGCAGAUCCUCCUCGGCCUCCUGUGCUCGGUUAUGAAUGGGUUUGGUUUCCUGCAGGGUAUUGGGCGGAGCGAGAAAUUAUUACACGGCCCGCGAAACAUAUUCGUCCUCCGAAGUGGGUUCGGAAAUCGUUACAAGAGAGCGGUCCCAGCACAUAUGGAAGCACAGUAGCUUCAGCACCGCGAUCAUUGAACGCUUCUGAGGUUUGGGCAAAGAAUCCGAAUGAUGCGGAGGAUGAAGAGGAACAGGAGCUGGAGGGCGACGGUCCCCGAGGAAGACGGGCAAUCAGUCCUGCGGGAAUAAUAAACCCUGAUAGGGGAACUUCCACGCCAAAGGCUCUUUUGCGAAAGUUGCAGCAAAUAUCGCACAGUAGGAAGGCAUCAGCAUCAGGGCCAUCUGCCGGAAAAGGAAAGGGGCCCCAAGAACCAAGGCCUGAAUCGCCGCUAAUUGAUUUGGAACGCCAAACAACGAACACGCUCCGAGGGACAUCUCGCUUCUUUUCGCAGUUUCUAGCUACGAAAAAACAAAACGAGCGAGCGAUGCACCCACUGAGCCCAAAUGAGCAGUCGCUAAAGUUGCCUCGAAAACGCUUUGGUUUGGCCCCCUGGCACCAAAAUGAUUCUGGUGACACAGUUCGGGCCGCCACCGCCACAAGCUCCAUAAGAGAGCUAUUGUUUGGCAAGACGCCUGCUUCUACUCCUCGGUCAGAUGCCCCUCCCGCUGAACCCAGGCCCGACCAGUAUUUUGGAGUUGAAGUGCCUGGCUCACGCACUGUUGAUGAUGAGAAUCAGGAUGCCCAGGAUAAUACACCGCGAUCACUUGACCAAGGAAGCCCUGAAAGAAGACGACGGUCUGCCAUCGGUUCCCCACUUACACAAGCUGGAGACAGCGGACCAUCUCGCCUGUUCCAGCCCGACUCAGGGAGCACCUUGGUUCCUGUGACAUCAAAUACAGAAAGCACGAACUUGCGAGACAGAGACAGAGUCUUUGCAAUCCAAGCUGCCACCUUUGAUUUCCCUGAAUUAAACCAGAUCCGCAAGUGA